UGUAUACUAAUAUUAUUAUGAUUUAUAUUACAGACCUCAUAAAACAACUUGUAGAAUUUAGCCCUAAUGUGUAUUUAUUUUAUGGUCAUGAUCACUUACAAUCUUGGUUUGAGGCGGUUGAUCCUAGAAAAACUAUAGCUGAGGCUCAAAAAGUGAAAGAAUUUGUAACCGAAUAUCCUGUUGCGGGAUUGAUUCUGAAAGGAAUAUAUUAUGAUUAUAAUAUUCAUCCAGAUUAUCAUGUUCCUAACGACUUUUACGUAAAAUUAAAAGCUUAUGUCGAGACAAUGAAAAUUGAAAUUCCCAAUUUGAAAAUUGGGUUGUAUCUGGAAGCACUCAGUAUGAUGUUUUAUAGUAAAGAUCCAAAAUCUCCAGAUUGGUUUGAUUUUACAGUAUUAAACAAAGUUAUGGAUAACUAUAUAAUUGGAUUUGAUAGAUUUAAUGAAUGCACUUUUUAUUUAUUAAAUGGUGGAGUUGUACCUUUGAAUUCAACAGAUCCAAGCAUUAACACCUUAACUAAAUUCAAAGCUGCUUUUGAUGGAUCAAGCAUUGCAAGGGAUAAAGUUUAUUUCGAAUUUUCAAUAAAUCCUUCAGUAACAAAAAAAUUUGAAAAAUAUUUUAUACCAUGUGAAGUAUCAUAUAAUGAGUAUUGUGAAAAUCAAGGUGAAUAUAAAGACUGCAUGUGUGUCGAUAAUCAGGAUACAUUCUUUGAAAAAGGAAAAUUUACAAAAGAAAAUUCAAAGGGAUUCAUAGCAAAGUUUAUAGAUUUAGUUGAUCGCGAUCUAAAAUGUGAAUGUAAUGAUGAUAAGUAUAUAACGUUUACUAUGAUGUUAAAUGGUUAUAAUAAUUUGGAAAAAUUAACUUGUGCUAAAUUAAGUGGCAGCUGAGUGAUUGAAUUAUUUAUUAUUGUCUAAUACUAUAAUAGCUGAUAUAUUAUUUUUUAAUAAAUUAUUUAUUUGAAGUAAUACCUAACUAUUGUAAUGUACUAAUUGAAACAAGCAUUAAGUAUUUGAUUAUUUAAAUUAUUAUAUUAUGAAUAAUAUAUUUUUUAAAGUACAGUAGAACCUCGAUUAUCUGAACUAAUUGAGACCGCACCUAGUUCGGAUAUGACAAAUUCGGAUAUUGAAAAUUAAAAAAAAAAUUGUUUAAAAUAAUUAAAUAUUUUAUAAUAUGUACAUACAUAUUUAUUAUUAUUAAUUUUUUAUUAGAAUUACAUACAUUACAUUAU